AAAGAUUGGUGGGUUUGCAUUAUCAAAAACAUGCACCUUCUAUGUGCGCACUACCAUCAAAGUGCACAAACCCACAUUUUGAAUCACUACAACCCAGUCGAUGUGGGCCCUUCCAUCUUCCCCCAUAGCCAAGCCAACACCCACCUCAUCAACAUCAUUGCCAUCUCUGAAUUAUCCCCCACUCUUACCUUUCUGUCACCAAAAGAUAUGUCCCCUUUCACAUUUCAUCACAACACUUAACCAUCUUGUUUUUCUCCUCUAUACUUCCUUCCUUUUCUCAUUUCUCUCUCUGUUUCCUCCUAAAUCUCACCCUUGUUUCUUCAGGAGUGAGAUAUCAACACACAAAAAAGAGAAAAAGGUAACAAAAGUUUGGUUUUUGUGAUGAGGGGUUGGUAAAGGAGCUGCUGCUGCUACAAAGGGUGUGUUUGGAUUUGGUAUAAUGGGUAACUGCUGGUGUAGAUGGGAGUCAUCAGAUUAUAGAGUCUCAUCCAAUGUAAAGUCAGAACAAAACCAGGUAACGAAGCAAAGGAAUGAUCAUGAUAGCAAGUUGCCAUCAAACCCUGAGGAAGUAGAAGACCUACGGCGUGACUCAGCUGCAAAUCCAUUGAUUGUAUUCACUUACGAUGAGUUGAAGAUAAUCACUGCAAAUUUUAGGCCAGAUCGUGUGUUGGGGGGAGGAGGAUUUGGAAGUGUGUACAAAGGGUUCAUUUCUGAGGAGUUAAGGCAGGGUCUUCCUACUCUUGCUGUAGCUGUUAAGGUUCAUGAUGGUGACAACAGUCAUCAAGGCCACAGAGAAUGGCUGGCAGAAGUGAUAUUUUUGGGACAGCUUUCACAUUCAAAUCUAGUGAAAUUAGUUGGAUACUGCUGCGAGGAUGAACAUAGAGUACUGAUAUAUGAGUACAUGUCUCGGGGAAGUGUGGAACACAACUUGUUCUCAAAAAUCUUGCUUCCCAUGCCAUGGUCCAUAAGAAUGAAGAUUGCAUUUGGUGCAGCUAAGGGACUUGCAUUUCUCCAUGAAGCAGAGAAACCUGUCAUCUAUCGUGAUUUCAAGACAUCAAAUAUUUUAUUGGACCAGGACUACAAUGCAAAACUUUCUGAUUUUGGCCUUGCCAAGGAUGGACCAGUUGGAGACAAAUCACAUGUUUCUACUAGAGUAAUGGGAACAUAUGGUUAUGCAGCACCUGAAUACAUAAUGACAGGUCAUCUGACUCCUAGAAGUGAUGUUUACAGUUAUGGGGUUGUUCUGCUUGAACUUCUGACAGGAAGAAAAUCUUUAGACAAGUUAAGACCUGCUAGAGAGCAGAAUCUCACAGAAUGGGCUGUUCCUUUGCUGAAGGAAAAGAAGAAAUUUCUAAACAUAAUAGAUCCAAGGUUGGAUGGUGAUUAUCCGAUUAAAGCAGUUCACAAGGCUGCAAUGCUUGCAUAUCAUUGCUUGAACCGCAAUCCAAAAGCAAGGCCUCUGAUGAGAGAUAUUGUGGACUCAUUGGAGCCAUUGCAGGCAUACACAGAGGUUCCUGUUGGAAAAACAGUGACCAUAAUCAGUGAGGUUCCUGAAUCUGGUUUGAAAAUGAAAGAUGCAAAAUGACUUUAAAGAGGGUGUUGUUGUAGGUUCUCAGUUUCAUUUCUCAUGUUCUUUUGGAGAUAGUUUUUGCCAUAACUUGUGUUUAUAAACAUGACAUAUAGGCAAUUUCAUUUUGUUCUAUCCCUUUCUUUG